AUGUGGGGGCCCUUGAUCUACGCCCUUUUGGGCCUUGCGAUCGUUGCUGCUGCCUUCCUUUUCGUCCGUCGCUCACAGGCCAAGGAGGUCGUGCCAGUUGCCGAUGAUGAUGACAAGGAGAAUGGCGCAGCAGCUGAUGAGGUCAACCCCCGUCAGGCCGGAGACCAGGGCCACACGGAUGAUGAAGACGGCGAGGAAGGCAACGAAGGAUUGAAAAACUUCAUGUAUGAUGAGAAUGGCAAGAAGCUGGGUGUCAAGAAGGCGCGCAAGCUGCAAGAAAAGGAGGAGCGUCGUCGUCGCAAUGAAGAAAUGGCACAAGCGCGCGAGCAAGCGAAGCUCUUGCAGCAUCAAGAGGAGGAGGAGCGCAAAGAACGCGAAGCCGAAGAGGCUGAAGAUGAACGCCAACGUGAGGCCGAGUUGGAACGCGAGCGUGAGGCACAGCGUCAAAAAGAACUUGAGGAAUACAAUAGUCUCAAAUCCAUGUUUGUGGUUGAGGAGAGUGGCGAGUUGGACGUUGAUCACGAAGCCCAGGCACAAUCCCUUCUCAAUGAGUUUGUCUCCUUUAUCAAAGAAAAGAAGGUGGUACAACUUGAGGACCUCGCCGCACACUUUGGUCUCAAGACGCAGGACACGAUCGAACGGAUACAGCAACUAGAGGCGGAGGGUCGCUUGACUGGCUUGACCGACGACCGAGGCAAAUACAUCUUCAUCUCAGAGGAGGAACUGAGUGAAGUUGUCAAGUUUAUUGAGCGACGUGGGCGCAUCACCAUUGCCGAGUUGAUGGACAACAGCAACCGGCUCAUCUCUUUGUCGGAAACGGAUGUUGAAUUUCCUGGUGACGAGCCGGCUCCAGCUGAUGUCGACGAAACGACAACAGCCUAA